AUGGAUAGUCACAUAUCAAAGGUCAAGGCUCUAUAUAGAGGGUAUUCUGUCUCUGAAACGUCAAAUAAAGUAUCGGAAAAUGGAUUUUGCAAAGAGUGCGGCAAUUUGAAUAGUUUUGGUGAUGAUUGGAGUACGUGGUGUACAUCCUGUAAUAGUCAGCACUUUAUUGACAAAUUUCCUUCUUGGACUAGCGGUAACAACAAUAUUGAUGAACUUAUAAGAAAAACUCAAAUUAACACAUCCCAUUAUGAGAGUACAUUUGAGUGGAUACCUUACGAUCAAUUCACUGACAUCAAAUUUAUUAGUAAGGGUGGAUUUGGGCAAGUCUUUAAGGCAACCUGGUCGAAUGGACCUAUUCUGUAUUGGGAUCGCAAGAAGAAACAAUGGUUUAGAUGGCCACGUGUACCUGUUGCUUUGAAAAUGCUGUACAACUCUCAUAACAUUUCAUCAGACUUUCUAAGUAGAAAUUCUAAUACUUGCUCAGAAAUUGUUCGUUGUCACGGCAUUUCACAAGAUCCGAAAUCCAAAGGAUAUAUAAUGGUUUUAGAAUACUGUGCCCGUGGAGACUUGGGAAAAUAUCUUUUUGAAAACUUUGCUGACUUGACUUGGUCUAAAUGUCUUGAUCAUCUUUUGGAUAUUGCUCGUGGUCUCAAUACUAUUCAUUCAGAAGGAUUGAUGCACAGAGAUAUUCAUAGUGGAAAUCUCCUCAUAGAUGUAAAUUAUGCGGGUAUUGGAGAUCUGGGAUUGUGUCAUCCUGCAGACUCAUCAGUAUCCAAAAAAAAAGUUUACGGUGUUAUGCUUUUUGGAAUAAUCAUGUGGGAGUUAUCCUCAGGCCAUAGACCUUUCCCUAACAUUCCACAUGAUCUCAACCUUGCGCUUCAGAUCUGUGAUGGGUCUCGUCCAGAGAUCGUCGAAGGAACUCCCGAAUGUUAUAAAGAGCUGAUGCAAAAAUGCUGGCAUAAAAAUCCAAAUGAAAGGCCAAAUAUUGCAAAUAUUGUAAGAGAAAUAGAGAAAUGGUUGAAUGAUAUUUUUGAAGGUGAUGAUGUGUGGAGCAAAGCUGAUAGAAAUCAUAGUACGAUCAAAAAGCUACCAAAGAUCAAAAUACAUUCAGAGGCCGUAUACACCAGCAGAUUGCUUCCUAUGAUAAAUAAUGAAUUAUUUGUUAAACGAAGUCAAGAGUCUUGCAAUGAAUUAAUUUGUUACCAUAGUCAAGCUUCUUGUGAUGAAUUUAGAAUAAGUAAUAACAAUAAUUAUAGUAUUAAUUCAGAGCUUUUACUUAUUCAUAAUUUGAAAGGAGAAGAGAUGAUGAUGAGAGAUGAUGAUGGAGAUCAAGAGAAAGGAGAUGAGAUGAUGAUGAUGAUGAGAGAUGAUGAUGGGGAUCAAAAGAAAGGAGAAGAGAUGAUAAUGAGAAACGAAAGAAGAUGA